AUGCCCCUCGCAUUCAAGACCGAGAAGACCGAGAAGACCGAGAUUGAAGCAACUCAUUAUCACAAGGAGAUCGCCGACAGAGCAGAUAGCUGCGACAAUUACCACCCCUGUACCACGAUCAGUGCGUACGAGUCAAAGCAAUGGCACUCGAAAUACCAUGGCCUCGUUUUGCAGAAUCUCGGAUCCUUUAUGAUCUUACCUGUGACUGGGUCAACCCAGGCAGAGGCAAUGUGCUUUUUCAAGGAUAUUUCGAUCAAGCAUCUGAAUGAAUACCGCCCUUGCGAACCAUGGCGGAACACUCUCAUGUUCUUCUCCCAAACAGUGCCAUCAGUGCGACAUGCUGCCAUUGCUCUGGCCUUGAUUCACCGAAACUACCUGGAUCGUCAUUCUAACGGUCGGGUGUAUCAACCGCCUUCCUUGAAAGACCCUCUACCGGAUAAGGCUCCUUUGCUUCACUAUAACCGCGCCAUUCAACUUCUGCUGAACCCGGAAAGUGGUGACAGCGCCGAAAUAACAGCUGUCACGCUUUUGGUCUGUUAUCUCUUUACCUGCUUUGAUCAUCUGGCGGGCGACGACGUACAAGCACUGAAACACCUGCGCGGAGGUGUGGCGCUCUCACGCAACAUCGACAACGCUACAUUGAACAACUGUACCUACGACGAUGCCCAAUCCUCGGGGGUUCGGGCGAUUAUCUGCCAGGUCACAAAACAGAUUCGCCGCCUUGACAUGCAGGCCACCAUGUUUCUGGUCGAUUGGACUCCAGCCGACAUCCAAGAGACAUUCAUGUCCCAUCUUUCACUCUUCGACAGUACCUUUUGGUCACUCGACCAAGCUGCCGACCACCUCCAGAUUCUCGUCGCUCAGGUAAUGAGGCUGCGCAACACAGAGCAACAAAUGUCCCCGACGGGUAUGAUGCCGCCGUUACCUUCUUCACUCAAGGACAUCGUUCUCGGGCAGUUGGAAACGUGGUCGAGUCUCUUCGAAAAUCUCCUGCAACAAGGCAGCCCCUCUGAGUCAGACUUUGAAACUGACCCUCUCGUAUCACUCCUGCGCUUACAAUAUACUAUCGCAUGGACUCUCCUCAGUGGUUACGGACCUGGCAGAGAAAUGGACUAUGACAAUUUCCUGCCCCAGUUCCAGCAAUGUGUCGUAUUAGCGGGCGAGGUAGCGGCGGCGCAUCAGCGGUAUUCGGGGUCGUCAAGGUCGACUUUUACGCCAGAGAUCGGAUUUAUCCCCGUUCUUUACAUAAUUGGGGCUAAGUGCCGGCAUCCUAGCGUCCGUCGUGAGGCCUUGAGUAUUUUGCGACGGCAACAAAUACGGGAGGCGACUUGGGAUAGCAUCUCUACUGCCAGGGUGGUUGAGCGGGUUAUCGAAAUUGAAGAGGGUGCGGCUGGGGAAGAGCAAAUGGUACAGUGCAUGGAGCAAAUUCCCGUAUGGCAAAGGAUCGAGGCAUUGUCUUAUACACAUAUCCCAAGGGGACAGUCUGCGGCCAGGUUGGAUAUCUCGUAUACAUUCUGCGCCCAGGAGGGAAUACACAUUGAGUCGCUCAUGAUAGAACGGACAGAGAGACUUAUAAUGUCAAAUAAUCGAUAA